ACGCUUCGCUGCGGUUAUAGCUCGUGUUGCGGGAAUGGUCACGCUUGACGUUACACUAGUGGAAGAACAUUGCCGAAGUUAAGAACGAAUAUUGGUAAAAAAUAAAACAAAAAAGACAUUAUAGUGAGUGGCUGUAUAGAGUAACUGGACGCGAUAAAAUCGCUGUCACUUUUUUCAGAAGGAGCUCGUGCGGUGGAAGCAGUGGCUGCCAGACGCGGCUCGAAGAAGAAGUGUUUACGAUCGCGGUCAGAGCCCGAUCAGCCCGGACGGCGUUCUUAUUUAUUACGACCCAGUACGAGAAGCUGUCAACCUGUACAGUACUUGUGGAGUUCGUCCACCUGGAGGUUUUCUGGUCCAUGCCGGCUUUUCGUCCAUCUCCAGAACGAUGCUGCCUAGUUUGCGAAAAGCCAUGCGGUGCGCCUUCGUGAUGACGCCCCGGGUAUCCCGGGUGAGGGUUCGAGGGGAGCCAAGUACAGCGCGCGCGCCUCUGCCCCUGACGUUUGUGCUGAGCCGUCGCCUGGGGACACAUCCUCACAAGGAGCCCAUGGAGCCGCUAAAUUCUCCGCGGGGGGCCAGGGACUUCAUCUAUAGCCUGCACCCCAGUGAGCGCAGCUGCCUCCUCAAGGAGCUGCACCGCUUCGAAUCCAUGGCCAUUGCUCAAGAGAAACUGGAAGUGGCCCCACCGACUGCUGCUCAGCUGAGAUACGUGCUUUUACAUAAUGCGAUUCCCUUCGUCGGCUUUGGCUUCCUGGACAACGCCAUCAUGAUUGCUGCAGGAACACAGAUUGAAUUGUCCAUAGGGGUGGUGUUUGGAAUAUCAACCAUGGCAGCGGCUGCCCUGGGGAACCUGGUCUCCGACCUGGCUGGACUUGGGCUUGCAGGUUACGUCGAAGCCCUGGCCUCCAGGCUGGGCAUGCAGAUCCCAGACCUGACACCCAAACAGGCUGACAUGUGGCAGACGCGAGUCAGUUCACACAUGGGCAAAGCUGUUGGGGUCACUAUCGGCUGUCUCCUGGGAAUGUUCCCGCUGCUGUUCUUGAAUGACAACGAUGAAGAGGAACAGAAGAGCAAGUCCUCAGAAGCCGGCGGAGAUUGAACUGCUCCCUCCCGCCAGCAUUUGAUUUCGAACGGAUGCUUUUAAGGGAAAGUGCUAUUGAUGGGAAAACUUUCACUACAGAAGUGCUCCAGCUUACUACGAGUCAGUUUGUCUCUGCUCUGAGAGACCAAGGUAAACUGAGUUAUUAACAGUACGCUGAUCCCUCGCUAACCGGUCCUCAUUCGUUCCUGAAAUCCAACUCAAUUUCGAAAAACUGGACAACGAAAUUACUUAUUCCAUCCACUGUUUUUGUAUCGGCAAAAAUACCAGUUUGUUCCAACCCCAUUCCAAGUUCACUCCAAAAUCCCUCUAAAUGAUGCUUAAUAUCAUUAGGAACUAAUAGAAUAAGACAGAAUUAUGGGCCUGCCUCUAAAAAGCGUCCUCACUAUUUAAACUUUUUCAAGUCUACAUUUGAAAAAGAGGUAAGAACAAUGAAUUUUCUUUUUCGUUCAUUGUUUUUUCAUCUACUUUUAAAUUCUGAAUAAAUAUGGCAAUUGGUUAAUUUGUUAUUUUAUAGUUAGUACUUUUAGAUGUUCUUCCUCCCCCCUUGCUGGUGCUGAUCAUGAAGGUAUCACGAGGCACCUGUAAAGCACACAUUCCAAAAGUGAGCUAUUUGCAGAAAUGUCAUUCAUAAUAUGAUAUAAUGUACAUAAAACAGGAAAAAAAAAAAAAACUGAUUUUAUAGUCUGGGAGAUUUCGAGUAAACUUACAGUGAUAGUGUGUGUGGACUGGCUGGAGGAAGACAAAAGCAACAUGUCACAUUUAAAUAAAUGAAUAAUGAGAAAAUUAAAGCACAGUGGGUCUCUUUCUCACACAGCUGCUCUGCACAAUUUUCAGAUGUGGUCUCAGCUUAUCGUGCUGGACCAAAUGCGCGAGACCAGAUACUUGAAAGCUCGGAGCGAUUAACCGGAAGUGGCAUUAAUCGUGUCCGAGCGGAUGUUUAAAAACGUGGAUAUCUGGCGACCCAUUAACGAGGGAUGAGUGUACAUAUUAACAGAAGCAUGUACUCUGAUGAUGCCUGUGUUACAUUUUUUUACAUUUUGUUAGAAUGACUGUUUGCAUUAAAAAAUGAGCAAUCCUUGGAUUUGUUCAACUGCACUAACCGCUUUUGUGGUUUUGACCGUGAAGAUGUCGGCAUAGUGGUAGUUUAGAUAGAUAGCUGGUUUAGAUAAGUCUCACCUGUUUCUGGAGGACCCUCCCUCCAGGUACCGCCAUGCUGCUGAUGUUGUGGUGCUGUGAUGCAUUCAGAUUUCUUUAUUGUAUUCUAUAAUCCUGCCAAGUAGCUAUUUUAAUUAAUUCUAUAUUAAUAACAGCAGGGUUUAGGUCAUUUGUUACCUUCUGGAGACUUGAAACCUAAAAUUAAAGAUUUAUAACACCAGAUUUAAUUAACCGGUAUUUCUUGGGUUGAGAUACCGAAUGUGUUGUUUAAAAUGAAGCACUUUUGGCUACUUGUGUGUCUAAUGUUAGAAGGAGAUGGAGG